AUGGCGGAGGGGCUGGAGCGCGUCCGCGUCUCGGCCGCCGAGCUGCGGGACAUGGUGGCGGCGCAGGCCCGCGCCGCGACCGGCGGCGGACGAGAAAACAUGAAGGAAGUGAAGGAGCCAAGGCAUCGCAAAGACAACAGGCGCCCAGACCUGGAGAUUUACAAGCCUGGCCUCUCCCGGCUGCGGAGCAAACUUGUGCCACCAAAGCAUGAGGCCUCAGAGAAGGAGAGGAGCAGAGCUGAGGAGGAGAGUGCCAGCAACAAGGGCUCUUUGGGAGGAGGGGCUCCAGUCACAGAGGAUUUUGGCAAAGGUGAUGGCCCCAAGCAGAACGGUCCUUCGCAGGAAAAUGAAGAGACAGAGACUAAAGGUAGUCUUCAGAGCCAGGAGAACUUGUCCAAGCAGCCCGCUCCAGAUGAGUGGUGUCCCAAGACCACCAGGAGAACCAAGAAGCCGGACCAGCAGAUCUACCAGCCUGGGAAACGCCUGCAUUCAGCUGCUAAAGAACCAGUCCUGCGGUCAGCUACUGAUGAAGUCACCGGUAAGAUGGAGCAGCUGCAAGUCGAGAGAGAUGAAGAGACUGAGAAAAGUACUGGAAAAGACAAUAACAGGAAAACCAAAUCAAGCAAGGAGGAUAGAGAGGGGAGCCAGGCAGGAGAAGGAGUGAAAGCCUCAAGGGGAGAAAAAGGAAGACGAAUAGAGCGAAGCGACAGGGUAAGGAGAACAAGUGACGAGGUGAUGCAGGGGAAGCUGGGCUCUACCAAACGGUACUCCCGUUCUGACAAGCGGCGGAGCCGGUACCGCACCUGCAGCACAAGCUCAGCUGGAAGCAACAACAGUGUAGAUGGAGCCCCGCUCGUAGACAGGGUGGAGAGGCGACAGGAGCGUGCCAGGGAAAGAAUACGCCCUAGGAAGCAGCUCUCUGCAUCCUCCACUGACUCCUUGGAUGAUGACAGAAUUGAUGAGGCAGAAGCGUAUGUCUCCAUCAGGAAUUCGGACAAGAAGAAGCGUUCAGAGCAGAGUCGAGCUUCUAGGAGUGAGAGCGAGUGGAGCAGCAACGGCAGGGAAGUCAAGGGACCCUUUCGAGUCACAUUUGACAGCAAGACUAUGAACAGGGAUAUCAGUCUGGCAGAUACAGAUAAAAAAAAGCCCCUGAAGGCGUUUGUUAGUUGCAAUGACUCAGAGGCUUCGGAGGCGAGGAGCCAGAGCAGAGAGCCCCAAGGGAGGGGCCGUGGGAUUCUGUUCCUGCCUGCCAACACAGACCUCUCUGCCAGUACCGCAGGCUCCCCCGAGCCCAGUCACCCUGGGCCCAGGCUGCUGCUUGGCGGUGCUGGGAGUAAAGGCCCCCGAAGCAGGGGCCGAGGUGGCACUGCUCGCCGUCUGUGGGACCCGAACAACCCGGACCAAAAACCCGCCCUGAAGAGCCAUACAGCUCAGCUCCACUUCCUAGACACGGAUGAUGAAGUGAGCCCUACCUCCUGGGCGGAAACCCGCCAGGCCCAGACGUCCUACUAUAAGUUCCAAAACUCUGACAACCCCUACUAUUACCCUCGGGCCUCCGGUCAAGGCCCCCAGUAUCCUUAUGGCGGGUACUCCCUGCAGUAUCCUAUGGGUCCAAGCAACGGUGUGUACCCAGGAGCCUAUUACCCUGGGUACCCCGGCCAGGCGGGGCAGUACAUGUGUGGUCCACUCCCUCCGACUCCUCUGAGUCCUGAGAUGGAGCAGCAGAUGCGGAACAUGCAGCAGCAGGAGCUCAGCAAACUCCUCCGCGAGGCUGGGAAUCAGGAGCAGCAGCUCAGCAAUCUGCUUUCCAGAGACCGCAUCAGCCCAGAGGGGCUGGAGAAGAUGGCCCAGCUGAGGGUGGAGAUGCUACAGCUGUACGAACGGUGCAUCCUGAUGGAUAUCGAGUUCUCCGAUACCCAGAACGUGGACCAGCUGCUGUGGAAGAAUGCGUUUUAUCAGGUGAUUGAGAAAUUUCGGCAGCUUCUCAAGGACCCUCAAGGGGAAAACGCCCAAGAAAUUCGGAACAAACUGCUCCAGCUUCUAGACGAGGGCACUUCUUUUUUCGAUGGCCUACUCCAGAAGCUGCAGGUGUCAUACCAGUUCAAGCUAGAGGACUAUAUGGACGGGAUGGCCAUCCGCAGUAAGCCUCUGAGGAAAAUGGUGAAGUAUGCGCUGAUCAGUGCUCAGAGGUGUAUGAUUUGUCAAGGGGACAUUUGCCGAUACAGAGAACAAGCAAAUGACACCGCAAACUACGGAAAGGCACGCAGCUGGUACCUGAAGGCUCAGCAAAUUGCUCCCAAAAACGGCCGCCCGUACAACCAGCUGGCGCUUCUGGCCAUCUACACGAGGAGAAAGCUGGAUGCUGUCUACUAUUAUAUGCGCAGUCUGGCUGCUAGCAACCCCAUCCUCACAGCCAAGGAGAGCCUCAUGAGUCUGUUUGAAGAGACAAAACGCAAGGCUGAGCAGAUGGAGCAGCGGAAACAUCAGGUGCUGGAUCUGAGCCCCAGCCGCCGGGGGAAGGGCAAGAAGUCCACAUUGCGACAAGUUGGAGAUGAUGCCACGCGGCUGGAGAUCUGGAUCCAUCCUUCCCACCCCCGCUCCUCCCAGGGCCAUGAGUCCGGCAGGGAUUCUGAGCAGGACAACGGUCUUGGGAACCUCAGCCCCAGCGACCUGAACAAAAGGUUCAUCCUCAGUUUUCUCCAUGCCCAUGGGAAGCUGUUUACCAGGAUUGGGAUGGAGACUUUCCCUGCGGUGGCCGAGGAGGUCCUGAGGGAGUUCCAGGUCCUGCUGCAGCACAGCCCCCCUCCCAUCGGAAGCACCCGCAUGCUCCAGCUUGUGGCAAUCAACAUGUUUGCAGUGUACAACUCCCAGCCCAAAGAGUGCGUCUCUGAAGACUGCCGCUCUGUCAUCCAGGAACAGGCCACGGCCCUGGGGCUCUCCAUGUUUGCACUCUUGGUGAGGAGGUGCACCAGCCUGCUGAAGGAAUGCGUGCAAGUUCAGCCACAAGAGGUGGAGCAGGAGGAUGAGGAGGAUGACAUCAAGGUCUCUGCCUUGCCCCAGGACCUGAAGGAGCUGCUCCCCAGUGUGAAGGUCUGGUCGGACUGGAUGCUUGGCCACCCGGACACCUGGAAUCCUCCUCCAACCUCUCUCGAGCUCCCCAAACAGGUCUCAGUAGAUGUGUGGGCGACGCUGGCUGACUUCUGUAACAUACUGACCACAGUGAAUCAGUCGGAGGUGCCCUUGUACAAGGACCCAGAUGACGACCUUGCCCUGCUUAGCCUGGAAGAGGAUCGGCUGCUCUCGGGCUUCGUUCCCCUGCUGGUCGCCCCCCAGGAGCCCUGCUACGUGGAGAGGACCUCGGACAAGGUUAUUGCAGCCGACUGCAAGAGGGUCACAGUUCUGAAGUAUUUCCUGGAAGCCCUUUGUGGACAAGAAGAGCCUUUGCUGGCAUUCAAGGGUGGAAAAUAUGUGUCAGUGGCACCCAUCCCAGACGCCAUGGGAAAGGAAAUGGGAAGCCAAGAGGGAAAACAACUGGAAGAUCAGGAAGAUGAUGUAAGGAUUGAGGCAUUUGAAGAUGAUUCUGAGGCUGAAGGCAGCGGAGGAGAGAUGGACAUCAAGGAGCUCAGAGCCAAGAAACAAGCCCUGGCCAGGAAAGUAGCUGAGCAGCAGCGUCGUCAAGACAAGAUUCAGGCCGUACUGAAAGACCAGAGUCAAAUGAGGCAGAUGGAGCUGGAGAUCAGACCUGUCUUCCUGGUCCCAGACACCAACGGUUUCAUCGACCACCUCAGCAGCUUGAUAACGCUGCUGGACUGUAGGAAGUUCAUCCUGGUGGUGCCCCUGAUCGUGAUAAACGAGCUGGACGGCCUGGCCAAGGGCCCGGAGAUGGAGCACCGGGCCGCAGGCUAUGCCCGCCAAGUGCAGGAGAGAGCCAGGAAGUCCAUCGAGUUCCUGGAGGAGCGAUUCGAGAGCCGGGACAACUGCUUGAGGGCUCUGACCAGCCGAGGCAACGAGCUGGAGUCCAUCUCCUUCCGCAGCGAAGACACCACUGGCCAACAGGGAAACAACGACGACCUGAUUCUGUCCUGCUGCCUCCACUAUUGCAAUGACAAGGCCAAGGAUUUCAUGCCCUCCAACAAAGAUGAUCCCAUCCGUUUGCUCAGGGAAGUGGUUUUGCUGACGGACGACCGGAACCUGCGAGUCAAAGCGUUGACCCGCAACGUGCCGGUGCGGGACAUCCCCACCUUCCUGAAGUGGGCCCAGGAGGGCUGAGGGGGCUGAGCGGGGCUGACAGCCCCUGAGCGAGUCACGCAGCCUGUUAACAGUGGGAGACCGGCUUCAGCGGCAGCCCUCACCACGCGCCGCCACCGCCUUCCAGCCCACCACGAACAAUAAACGCCACGUCUUCAACCCACCCCAGAAUGGCCAUGCUGCGAAGGGACCCUGCCUCCGAGGGCAGACCAGCUGGGAAGGUCAUUGCUGUGGAUGGUUCACGUGGAGGCUGGGCCGUUGAGGGUCUCACCAGCCUUUGGGCAGUGCCGGAGCGGAGCUGGCGAGCCCCGCUGGCUAGGGAAGCUUUGGGUGAGCCCGUGCUGGAUCACCAGCCUUUUGCUUGGUUUGCUUGGUUGCAGAGAGCUCGAGUCACGAGUCGGUGGCUCUUCGGGUUUGUAGGCUGUGUAGGGCAGAGACCGGGGACACGCCAGCGCAGACUUUGGGAUUGCUUAGUCUAGCUCGUGCGCCUCGGAGAGGCCCUGGACUUCAAGGGCAGGUUGCCUCCUGCCCCAGCCUGUUCGUCCUGCGUGGCCCAGGCAGCCCCAGGCCUCCGGCCCCUUCCCCACCCACACGGGGGGGCCGCUUGCGGAGGCGCUUGUUCUCUCCCUGGUGCAGGGUUUGCUCGUUGAGUUUAAUUUCAGGCUUCAGUAUAGGUUAGUUUUCAGGUGUGUGCCCCGCCUGCUUUGCUGAGGGGGAGGCUUUGAACACCCCCUGCUCCCCCCAGCUGCUUUCUGUCCUGCUCCCCUGCCCACCCCAGCCCUUACCUGCUCCCUCCCUCCUCCCCCAAACCGCUUAGUCCCACCCCGCUACCUUUCAACAUGUUUUUGACCUAAGACUCAGCGUGAGGCUAACAAAACUCUCCAAGUCCCCAAGGACCCCAGGACCGGCUGUCCCACAGGUCCCGUGUGUCCUCACAUUGCCACGGGCUCCUCUUGCAUGUGGGAUCCGGUUUUUGCCCGUGGCUGUGGGGCCGGGCAGGGCUGGAGUCAGCCAGGGCAGCGCCCAGCCCCUUGUCACUUGCCCACCUGGGAGCGUCCCCUCUCGAGUUGCCCCUUUGCCGUGGAGGGAGCUGUGAAGGGAUCCCCACUGCCUCGUCACUGGGUCAUACCGCACCGGGAGCCGGUGCAGGGUUGGGGUGUUGUUGAGCUCCCACACACACAACGUUGUCCCAUCCCCAAGUGUCCCGUCCCCAGCCCAGUUACAUGCCAGAUACAGAAGCUAAGAGGGAGCAUUAACCCGUGAACCGGAGCCCCUGGAGCUCUGUCAAGUCCCAGUCCCAUGAGCAGAGGGUGGGAGUGACCCCGAGGCCGUCCCCGGUCCCCACUGGGGCACCACGGCCGUGGGAGGGAAGCGUCAAAGGUGGCAGAGGAAGCAGUAGGACGGAGCCCAGCAUUUUCCUUUCCUGUGUGGGUGGCUCGGACCCGGUGUCUCUGUCAGGAA